GCAUGCCAGGUGACGGACGGUAGUCAUAGCAACCCCGACAGUCGACCCGACCACACGCUGAUGGUAGAGCUUAUGGACAGCUACGACGAAUUCAUCGCAAUCGCCGCUCGACUAGCAACGCAUUUCAAGAAAGGCUUUGAGUACACGGGCGAGGUAUGGGAGAAUCACAUACACGAGUGA